AUGGGCAAGGUAAAGAAAGCCCAUCUCAAAAGCAAGAAGGCAAAAGCCAAGCAGGCGGCCAAAAAGAAGGACGAGGACGCCAACGACGUCUCGCUUGAGCCGCCCAAAGAGUCAAGACACGAAAUGAAGAGGCGGCAUGCGGGCGAGCGCAGAGCCCUCCAGGCGACGGUGGCAGACCUCAAGCGGCAGCGCAAGAAGCUUCCGAAGAAGAGCAAAAAGGACGACAAGAAGGCACUCACGGACGAGAUCAAGCAGAUGACAGAUGAGCUUCGGAAGCGGCACGCUGCAGAGCUCGGCGGCAUCGGUGCGCAGGACGCGGAAGACGACGAUGAUGCUCAGGAAGACGAUGAGGAGCAGAUGUCAGAAGAUGUGUGA